UUGCGCUGGUCUCCAUGGCGGGGCCUCGGAGCCAAGACGAGAAAAAAAUGCUGCUAUGAAGACAUAAUUCUAUCUCUCAUAUAAAUGAAGCUACUACUAUCAUGAUUUUAGUGCCGCAGAAAGGAUGAACUUCAGUGGACAAGAGGGCAUUUUGGGGGGGAGUAGGAUGCUUGAGGCCUGGAAUUUAAAUUUGAGCUACUUCCUGAAGCUCUUAAAUAAUAGAAGAAAAUGGAAUUGAAUAUGAUGUCAGCAUGGAACAGUCUAAUGAUUCAUUAAUAGUCAACCAUAAUGAUUCCGAAGAUUCAAAAACAGAUUCUCAGCAUUCAACCUGUAUCGACUCCAGGGAUCCUUCCUUUGGACAAAAUAGUUCUGUCAGAGUUUUACCCAUCACUACUCAUGAAGCAGAUAAUUCACUCACAUCACAGAAUAUACCAGGGCUCCUGACUCAGGCACAAACUCUUUCUGCAGAGCAAUUUCACCUAGUGGACCAAAAUGGGCAACCUAUUCAGUAUGAACUUCAGUCAUUGGGGGAUUCUAAUGCACAAAUGAUGAUUGUUGCCAGCUCAUCAGAAAAUGGACAGAUGCUUCGUGUAAUUCCAUCUACUCAGACAGGAAUGACACAAGUGAUUAUACCUCAGGGGCAACUUGUGGAUAUGAAUAGUCCUCAGGAUGCCUCUGAAGAGAAACCCAGCAACAGAAACUUACCAACUGCAAGACUGGAUGCUCUAGCAGACCACAACAGUAGUUACAUUCUGAAUCCACAAGCAUCCCUCACAUUGCCCCAAAAGACAGUGACCAGAGUGCUUGAAGAACCGUUUCUGGCUCCUCUCCAGCCACUUUCUUCUAACACACCUAUAUGGGCCUGCCGUCUUAGGAGUUGUGAGAAAAUUGGAGAUUCAUACCGGGGCUACUGUGUAAGUGAGACUGAAUUAGAAAGUGUUUUAACAUUUCACAAGCAGCAAACACAGAGUGUUUGGGGGACUCGCCAAUCUCCAAGCCCAGCCAAGCCAGCUACACGUUUGAUGUGGAAAUCCCAGUAUGUCCCAUAUGAUGGAAUUCCAUUUGUCAAUACAGGGAGUAGAGCCGUGGUAAUGGAGUGUCAGUAUGGGCCAAGGAGAAGAGGUUUCCAGUUAAAAAAGAUCAGUGAGCAGGAAAGCAGGCCUUGUCACCUCUACAAAGCCACUUGUCCAGCCCGAAUUUACAUUAAAAAGGUACAAAAGUUUCCUGAAUAUAGAGUUUCUACAGACCCCAAAAUUGAUAAGAAAAUAAUACGAAUGGAGCAAGAGAAAGCCUUUAACAUGCUAAAGAAGAACUUGGUAGAUGCUGGUGGUGUUUUUAGGUGGUAUGUACAGUUACCUACACAGCAAGCUCAUCAGUAUCACGAAUUGGAGACUCCUUCCCUCCCUUUGUCACCUUCCCCUUUUCCUGUGUCCUCUCUGGAAGAAGAGGAAACUGCAGUUAGGGAUGAGAAUUGUACAUUACCCUCACGUCUGCAUCCUCAAGUAGCACAUAAGAUUCAAGAAUUAGUAUCACAAGGAAUAGAACAAGUGUAUGCAGUAAGAAAACAUCUAAGAAAAUUUGUGGAAAGAGAACUGUUCAAAUCUGAUGAGGUACCUGAAAGACAUAAUUUAUCCUUUUUUCCAACUGUAAAUGAUAUAAAAAAUCACAUCCAUGAAGUACAGAAAUCCUUGAGAAAUGGAGAUAAUGUAUAUAACUCAGAGAUUAUUCCAGCAACGCUUCAGUGGACCACAGACAGUGGGAAUAUUCUCAGAGAGACUGUGACAGUUACAUUUGCAGAAGGAAAUUCACCAGAAGAAUCAUCUACCACCAAAGUGGGAACAAAUCAGACAAGGGGUUCUUUGUCUCCAGAAUCAGCCCAUUUGCUCUCCUCCUCACUUUCUUCAUUUCAGCCAAAAAUAUUUACACAACUACAGGGUUUACAGUUGCAACCAAGAUUCACUUCUCCUGAUGGAUCACCGACUCUGAUAUCAGUAAAUGAUCACCUCUCCUCUGGUCCUUCAAGACUUCUGGAUUCAAUUCGAAGUACUGUAAUGAAUAAUAAUUCUCUACAGCGUGGUCAAAGUCAUAGCCUUCAAACAGAUACAUGCCUUACCCCAAACGAUAGUAUUGCCUCUACCAUGGAUAACCUUCCAGGACCAGAUCAAAAUUUGGCUGCAGUGGAUCAGCUGGUGGAUGCUGGAGAUGCUGAGGAUACAGAGAAUCUGGAAGGAAGUGUUCAUCGGUUUCUGUUGGGAAAUAUACAGACCAUUCCAAUACAAAUUAUAGACAGCCAUUCACCUCUUAUUGAAGAAAAUCCAGAAGGUACCAUUUCCGUGAACCAAGUUAAACAGGAACCCAAAGAACCAGCAUUGUCUAUGGAAGCAAAAAAAAAUUUGGACUGCAAGAAAUUAUCUGCUACAUAAAUUGUUGAAGCUUUUCAGAACUGUACAACUCUGGUGACUUCUGAUGUCAUAGAAAAGAAGGUAGAAACUGGAACUAUCAAUAUUUUCAUGUAAGUAUUUCAAUGAGUAGC